CUUUAAAAUCAUGGACAAGCUAUUCAACUCUAUGUUCAAGAUGUUUGAUCCAAGCACAGAUCCCAGGCGGAGGAAAAAGAAAAAGGAUAAAGAGAAAGAGGAUGAAAAGCAAAGCAGACAGGGUUUCAAUGCCCCAAAAGAGAAGCUGGCUAGGUCUGGAACCAAAGAGAUAAAGGUACCAGUUGAGGAGGAGAAAUAAAGAAGAAGUCCAUGACUUCAAUUUUUGUAAAGCUCACAAAGACAAAUGAGUGUAUUAUUGUAAAGAGGAAGGAAUUGGGCUGUGUAACAAAUGUAAGCAAGAGACCCAUCACUCAACUACACAUCACUUACAUCUUGUCAGUGAGCUUUCCCAGUGGAUCUUGGACCAAUUCAUCUCCAAAAUAGACGAGACCGAAGAUAUGCGUAGUGCUUUAAGAGAAAGACAGGAAAAGCUAGUGGUUCCAGAAAGAUCUUUCCUCUUCGGCCUUGAAAUGAUAAAUCAUGUCUUUGAUACAGUAAUCAAAGAAAUUGAGAACGAGAAGAAGAAAGUCAUGGAUGACUUCAAAGAUAUGAUAGCUGCGCACUGCAAGAAAAAGUUUGAAAUUAGAGCCAAGAACAUCCACAAAGAGUUGGAUAAAUGUACAUCUUAUCUUUUCACCACUAGCAAAGUUCUUACUGAUACUCAUAAAGACAAAAAUUAUGUAGAUGUCUGCAACGAGGGACCUAAUAUUCCUUACAUUGAUAAGAGCAUGAAAAAGUUUAAGGAUAGUAUCAAUAAAGCAGAGAGAUAUGCGGUAUUUUGCGAAAACGAUUACCAAUUUGUCUUCCACAAAGAUGACUUUGCCAAGAGUUUGAAAGAGUUAAUUACCAAGAAUGUCAAUAUCAGCCUUACAACUGAUAAAAAGGAUUCGAAGUUCCAAGAUAUUGGCAAAAUGGAGCCCUCCAGUAUUGUCUAUGUUGGCGAAGGCUCCAAUCUUAAUGAGCUAUCGCUUAUUCAUUACAAUAUGGAGAAGAAUUCACGAGUAGAGAAGCAGUUUGAAGCUCCAGCAGAUGACAAGAGCUUCCCUGCUAGCGGGUAUAGAUCAAUCUGUGACACUAGUAAAAAUCUUGUGUAUUUGUAUGGAGGAAAAACCAAUGGGAAUUACACUACUCAUAGUACUUAUCAACUGAAACAAGUGAAUAAAGAGGAAGGAAAGUACAUAAAUAUCGAGAAACUUGACUCUCUCAAAUAUUCUCGAGCAUACCAUGGAGCUACAAUUGUUAAAAUUGAUAAAGCCAAGUAUCUCCUAGCAGUUGGAGGACAACAGACUCAUAAAUCUGUACAUUUGCCUAGUUUCGCGAGAGAUUCAGACUCUGAAUCUGUUGCGAGCAGUGUAUUUGAGACUGAAGUUCCAAGAUAUUCCAUCAAUGAAUGAGAAAUUUAUGAUAUUAAGAAUAACAAGUGGAUUGAGUUGCCCCAGCUCAACACUAAAAGAUCGAAUACGUCAGUCUGACAACUCGAAGGAUCUUCAGUCGUUUAUUGCUUUGGUGGAUGGAACGGAAAAUUUUCAAUCAAUUCUAUCGAAAGAUGAGAUAUAUCUUACUACCUCUCGGAUGACUCUACGAUAGAAACCUCAAGUGAUAGGGUAGAGGAGCUCAAGGCAGAUAACUUCUUAGAUGCUCGAAGAAGCCACUCUACUAAAAGUGGAUCUAAAUCUGGAGGUUCUAAAUGGACUCCAAUAGUAGUCAGAGAGGCAGGAGUCCUGACUUCUGCUCCAAACUAUAGACUGUUUGGCCCCUGAAACUCAAUAGGGUGCAUUGCUCUUGACGAGAACUGCAUCCUGCUCUUUGGAGGUAGAGAAGACAUUAGACACGGUGAGAUGGAUAAAUGAUACAUGUUCUAUGGUAACAACAGAGUCAAAUCCAUAAACCCCAGCGAUAACUUAUAUGAAAUGCAAAAAUGGAACCAGAAGUUGUCUAUGGGCGAUUCAUUUAGCAAUUGAAGUUUUUACAAAAACAAAUCAAAAGCCCUGUAUGCUUUAUCAGACUCUUGUUUUAUCCAUUACUUGGAAUUUGACAUGGAACAGUGGGAAUUGAAAAAGAUUUAAUAC